AUGGACUGGGCAUCGCAUUUCCCUGCUUUCGUGAACCCCGACGCCACUCAGACGAACCUGAUCGGAACGAGAAAGUUGCUUAAGGAUGUCGAGGUCGUAGACAUCGGAUGUGGAUUUGGUGGGUUGCUUGUCGGUCUGGCGGGGUUGUUGCCGGAGACAUUGAUGGUCGGUAUGGAAAUCCGCAUUGCCGUCCUCGAAUACCUAAACACCCGUAUCCAAGCUCUCCGCGUGCAACAACAGCACCAGCAACAAAAGACACAACAACAGCAACAACAACAACAACAAUCACAGUCUCAACCUACCUCUUCGACUUCCACCCCUGCCCCUACCGCCGAAGCUGCCGACGCUGAUACUCCCACCGAUGCCCCGGUGCAUCCCGACCCGAACGCCAGCACGGCUCUCGUCCCCGGAGGAUACCAGAACAUCUCGGCGAUCCGGAGCAACACGAUGAAGUUCUUCCCGAACUUCUUCAACAAGCACCAGCUGUCGAAGAUCUUCAUCUGUUUCCCGGACCCGCACUUCAAGGCGAGGAAGCACAAGGCGCGCAUCAUCUCGGAGACUUUGAAUGCGGAGUAUGCGUAUGCGCUGCGCCCUGGUGGUCUGUUGUACACUAUUACGGAUGUGGAGGAGUAUCAUCAUUGGAUUUUGAGACAUUUCCGGGAUGAGAGUGCGGUUGAGGAGGCGGAGAAUGAGGGCCCCACUGUUAAGGAGUUGUUUGAGAGGGUGUCUGAGGAGGAGUUGGAGAAGGAUGAGUGUGUGAAGGUUAUGAAGGAGGCGACGGAGGAGGGAAAGAAGGUUACGAGGAAUAAGGGUAAUAAGUAUGUUGCUGUGUUUAGGAGGAAGGAGGAUCCGGAGUGGGCUUGA